AUGAAGGCCGCCUGGACCGCAGCUGCUGCUCUGCUGCUCGCCGGCUCGACCUCUGCGUCCUCCGGCGACUGCCACUGUCUGCCCGGCGACGACUGCUGGCCCGCCGCCAGUCAAUGGGACUCGCUGAACAGCACCGUCGGUGGGCGUCUGAUCGCGACGGUGCCCGUGGGAUCUCCUUGCCACGACCCGACCUACGAUGCGACCGCCUGCGCACAGCUGAAGGAGGACUGGAAUCUCCCCCAGACCCACUAUGUUUCGUCAUCGUCGGUCAUGCAGCAGUUCUUUGCCAACAGGAGCUGCGAUCCCUUCACUGACAAGUCGAGUCCGUGUGAGCUUGGAAACUACGUGAGCUAUGCCGUUGAUGUUGCCUCGAGCGACGACGUCGUUGCCGCGAUCAAGUUUGCGCAGGAUAACAAUGUCCGCUUCGUCGUUAAGAACACCGGCCAUGACUAUCUAGGUCGUUCGACCGGUGCCGGUGCACUCUCCGUCUGGACGCACAACCUCAAGGAUAUCGAGUACGUCGACUGGGCCGAGGACUCUUAUACUGGACCCGCAUACAAGCUGGGAAGUGGCGUGCAGGGAUUUGAUGUCUUGGAGACCACCCACGCCCAGGGCCAUGUAAUUGUCGGUGGCGAGUGUCCGACAGUCGGUCUGGCAGGAGGAUAUCUCCAGGGUGGAGGACACUCGGCCCUGAGCACCAGCUUCGGUCUCGGUGCUGACCAGUCGCUGGCCUUUGAGGUCGUCACCGCUGCUGGAGAUGUUAUCACGGCCUCGCGCACGGAGAACACCGACCUCUACUGGGCCCUCAGCGGUGGCGGUGCCGGCAACUGGGCCGUCGUCCUGUCUGUUACGGUCAAGGCAUACCAGAGCGAGAUUGUCUCCGGGGCGACUGUGACCUACAGCACCAAGGACCUUUCCAAGGACGUCUUCAUUGAAGCCGUGGAUCACUUCCACCGUCUCCUCCCUGACAUGAUUGAUGCUGGCACUACGGUCAUCUACCAGAUGCUCCCUGGCUAUUUCUUGAUUAAGCCCUUGACUGCGUUCAACAUGACCAGCGCGCAGGUUAAAGAUAUUCUUGCCCCCUUCCUCUCCGAACUCGACAGCCUCAGCAUCCAGUACCAGGCCAACUAUACCCAGUACGACUCCUACUACGACCACUACCAGCAGUACAUGGGUCCCCUGCCCAACGGCAAUCUUGGAGUCGGCGAAUUCACCUACGGCGGCCGUCUCCUCCCACGAUCGGUACUGCAGUCGAACCCGACUGACUUGGCCACUGCAUUGUACGACAUCACCUCCCAGGGCGUUGUCGCAGUUGGCGUCGGCCUGAACGUCGCAAAGACCAACGACGUCGACAACGCCAUCUUCUCACACUGGCGAGAAGCCGCCGUGACGAUGCAAAUCGGGCUCAGCUACAACGACACCGCGCCGUGGUCCCAGCUGCUCGCCGAACAGCAGAAAAUGACCGAUGAGAUCAACCCGCUGCUGGAAGCCGUCACGCCCGGCGGUGGUACGUACGAGAACGAGUCGAACUUCCUGCAGCCGAACUGGAAGGAGGUCUUCUUUGGCGACAACUACUCCAAGCUCGAGGAGAUCAAGAGCAAGUGGGAUCCCAACCACGUCUUCUACGUGCUCAAGGGAGUCGGCAGCGACUACUGGAGUGUCUCUGAGGAGGGGCGCAUGUGCAGAGCCCAGAAGAGGUCUACGCCUCCUGCGUGCAGGGCUUGA